UAAUGCUGCCGAGGCUUGCCGUGAAUGUCGACAGAACAAGGUCAAGGUAACCGACCGCUAACCUGUACCUCGUUAUUUUCAUGCCCAGAACUUCAGGUUCGGCCCUUGACGCCGUACACUUGCUCACCGCCAUUACCAGUGCGAUAGAAGUCGUCCUACAUGCAGGACGUGCACCGCAAAGGAACGGCCAUGCUACUAUGAGGGCCACGCCGGCCAGUCGAGAAAGGCACUCAUGAAGUCGCGCAUGCGGGCAAUGGAGAAGCUGUUCGUGGCGCUGAAGUCGAUCCCCGAUAGUGACGCCGAGAGCCUCUUCCGUCGCAUUCGCUCGUCCAGUGACAUUCUCACCUUAAUUGAGAUGGACGAUUCUGUGGUUUCAUCUCCCAGCUCGGGCAGCUCUAUGAGCAUCGACGAAAAGCUGACACCCCGUCGCGCAAGUCCUCUAACCGCGUCGUCAGACGACGAGGUGCGGUUCUCUUUCGGUUCACCGCUUUCGAAUUCGAGCAGUCUCUCCAACCCACAGCUACUGGCGAAUGCGUCUGCCUCUCUGAUCCGACUGGUUAUGCCUGACCCUGCCACUACUAAGGCAGCCACAGAGAGCUUCUAUCGCUCCAGUGGCAGGUUGUUCCACGUCUUUUCCGAGGAGCAGGUCGCAAGUUACCACUCGGACGUGUUUCAAGGAGACAGCAAUCCCAUCCCGAACCAGAAAAUCGCAACCUGCUGUCUCGCUGCCGUUGCAGCUGUCGGUGUGCAAUACAACGAAGAUGAUUUUGGAGAAGGCAUGUCCGAAGUCUAUUACAACAUCGCAGCUCACUACUUUUCCAGCUUUCUUGGCGAGCUGCCCCUGGACGCCAUCAGAGUAUGCGCAGUGCUGGCCAUGUACAAUAUCAUGGACAAAUCAACCGUGGCUCUGGCAUAUAUUGAGGUCGGCUUGAAUAUGUCGAGAAAAUACAGCCUCCAUGUCAAGCAGUGCCGUGACCCAAAUGUCUCGGACAAGGCGUGGGCUGAUUACCGCAGAACAUGGCGAACUCUGAUGUUUUUCUCCAGCUGGCUUUCGUCAACUCUAGGCUACAUAUCUGGCGCGGGUAUCCAAUUUCGGGAAAUGGUUCCCUUUCUCGACGUGGAAGGCGAUAACCCAUACGAUAUCGGAAACAUCGUCCAGAUGGAGAUGACCAAGAUUUCCCUCCUCCAAGCAGACAUACUGCACGUGCAACUCGCUUUCAAAGAAAUGACAGGACCAGCCCUUGAAACAAUAAUGAAAGAUCUCCACGACUGGCACGACCGCCUCCCAGGUCACAUGCGGCUAAGCAACGUCAGUCGUGAGGACCUCCCCGACGGCGUUUUACUCUCCAUUUUCCACGCCCACCUUCUUUAUCUCGGCACCAUCAUGCUGCUCUACCGACGCAUAGCCUCGCAGUUUGUCAAGUGUUUUGGCUUCGAGCUGGGUCAGCCAAAGUCUGGUGGGGCGUUCGAGACGACGCUCGUCAGCCAGACCUCGGAGGGGGUGACGGCCGCGAGGCACUCGGCCCGGAUAUUGGGUCUUAUGCUGGAGAAGAAGGGCAUAUUCAAGAGGUGCUGGAUCGUCAUCUUUCAGUCGCAAACUGCGUGCAUGGUGAUGCUGCAUUCGGCCAUCCAAAAGCAACUGCACCUGUUCCCCCAGUCUUCUUGGGAAGACGACCUUGCUCACGCGCACACUUGUCUUAAGGCCCUUGAGUUUUGCGGCACGAUCGACAGCGUGGCCCUCAACUUCUACGAUUGCCUGGAGCCAAUCUACACGCAGGUCGCCUCAUACUCGUCCCCGAAAGCUCCUCCCGGGCUCUCAGAGCCCCCACCGCCGGCGGAUUAUCUCCUCACCAUUCCUCUAGGCUCUGACUCUUCCAAUGUGAGCCUGUCCCUGUCAUUGCUAGAGGCUCUCUGCCGGCCCUUUGGCGACGACGACGCGAAGCUCAAGAUAGCCGAGGCCACCGCGCUCCCAGAGCAGCAGCAGCAGAAGCAGCAGAAGGGGGCCAGUACAGGGCCACUGGCGCAACUGGACAGACAUCUAGAUUGGGGGUGGGAAAACAGCGUGAAAGUGCAGUGGGACAGAGACAGCCCCGGAGCCGUGGCUAGCCGGAGUGCGCUGUGCAAUGUGCAGAGCCGAUUCCUCGGCAGCAACCACCCAAGCGGGUGGGCUGGGGGAGCUGACGAAGAGGCUGACUAGAUAGACGACUGCUUUGGAUAGCUGACCGACCCAACCUAUGUGUUUGUGAGCGGAAAUCACAUUCUUUCAAUUGCAGCAAGGCUUUUUCUUUCUGUCGCCCUGACAGGCCAAGCAGAGCAGGGGUGUGGAUUAUUUUGCAGGUGGUGUAAUCUGUACUUGCGAUAUCGCAAUGCCGCUUUAAGGCGCAAGAGCCACACACGCGAUUGGAUAGAUGGACGGGCGGAUAUGGUGAUAGCUCCGGAGGUGCGUCUUGGCGACAGUAUAGCGAGCUGAGUCGGGAAUGGCGGCGGCAGCAGCCUGCGAGAUGUUUCCAGGCGCUCGGGACCGGAGCGUGGAUGCGGUGUGGUGUGUGCUCAGGCGGUGCGAAGUACUUCGUACAGAUAACCUUAUGACAUUUCUUUUGUGAUUUAUCACCAGAAGAAAAAAAAGCUCGGGGUUGCCAUGUCUCGUAU